AUGCCUCUAAGGCUGAGGCCAGGCUAUCCUCACUCGUCGUCAUCGCAUCACUUGUUCGCAUCGUCUUCGUCCUCGUCUUCGUCUGCUCACCGCCUAUAUACAGAUGGUCGCGACCAGUCGGCUGGCUACCAGCCCAAGGCACGUGUAACGGAGCGAUACCGCAUUAUUGGGUUCAUCAGCAGUGGCACCUACGGGCGUGUCUACAAAGCCGUCAGCAGAGCCAGCAAUGGCGAAGUAGCUAUCAAAAAGUUCAAGCCGGAUAAGGAGGGCGAGCAGGUCAGCUACACGGGCAUCUCUCAGAGCGCCAUCCGCGAGAUGAGCCUCUGCAGCGAGCUUCGCCACUCCAACGUCAUCCGGCUCGUGGAGAUUAUUCUAGAGGACAAGUGCAUCUUUAUGGUGUUUGAAUACGCCGAACACGACCUGUUGCAGAUUAUUCAUCACCACACCCAGCAGCCACGUCACCCAAUACCUCCAGCCACGGUCAAAAGCAUCAUGUUUCAGCUCCUCAACGGCUGCCAGUAUCUUCACACCAACUGGGUCUUGCACCGCGAUCUCAAGCCCGCCAACAUCAUGGUCACGUCUGGUGGAGAAGUCAAGAUUGGAGACUUGGGUCUGGCUCGCCGCUUCGACAAACCGUUACAUUCCCUCUUUAGUGGUGAUAAGGUUGUCGUGACGAUAUGGUAUCGUGCACCGGAGCUCAUCCUGGGCUCGUACCACUACACUCCUGCUAUCGACAUGUGGGCUGUGGGGUGCAUUUUCGCUGAACUGUUGUCUUUACGGCCGAUAUUCAAGGGGGAGGAAGCCAAGAUGGACAGCAAGAAGACGGUUCCCUUCCAGAGAAACCAGAUGCACAAGAUUGCCGAGAUCAUGGGCAUGCCGACUAAAGAACGGUGGCCACUGCUCCCAGCUAUGCCCGACCACCACCAGAACCCUCCCAGCCGCGGCUACGCGACCACGUCGAGUCUCGAGAAGUGGUACUACAGCACCAUCAACAACAACUCGGGUGCCGGAUCUGCCGCCUCAGGCCCCAACGGCCAGCCCGCGCUCCAGUCCCUCGGCGCCGAAGGCUACAAGCUCCUCGCAGGCCUCCUCGAGUACGACCCGGAAAAGCGCCUCACCGCCGCGCAGGCACUGCAGUCGGUCUUUUUCAGCUCGGGCGACCGCGUCAGCGCAAACUGCUUCGAGGGCGUCAAGGUCGAGUAUCCGCACCGUCGCGUCAGCCAGGACGACAACGACAUUCGCACCAGCAGUCUGCCGGGUACCAAGCGUAGCGGGCUUCCGGAUGACACGUUAUUGCGGCCGGCCAAGCGCAUGAAGGAGUGA